AGUUGUAAAAAAGUUGCUCAGGACUGUGAAGUUGAGCAGAAGAACAGAAUACUGUGAUGAAGGAGGUUGUGUUGUUAUUGAUGUCAGUGACCGGUGUCCUGUCCUCAGAGGCAGGGUACCUGUUCACAAUGCCUCGCCAGCUGUGGCAGGGCACCAAGGAGAAGCUGUGUAUCACCAGGUUUGAAGAAGGGGAUGCCCUCGAGUAUAACCUUGACCUUGUUCACGUCGAUUCCAAUAGCACCACCAGAUACAUAUUUGAAUCUGGUAACAGUCAGUGCUGGACUUUUGAUGUUCCUAAUGCCAAUGGGAAGUAUUUAGCCACUUUCUCAGGGAGAUAUAGAAAUGGGGAACAGUUCCAACACGAAACUGAAGUCACAGUCCAGAAAAGCAGUCAUAUCACUCUUAUUCAGUGUGACAAACCCAUGUAUAAACCAGGGCAAACAGUUAAGUUCAGAAUUAUGACAAUUGAUGGAAUGAUGAAACCAAUAACUGGAGUGAUUUCUUUGGUCAGCAUAGAGAACCCUGCAGGUAUCCGGGUACGCCAGUGGAGGGAGGUUGAUGCAUCUAGAGGUUUAGCAAGUCUGGAAAUGGCCCUAUCCACUGAUCCCCCAAUGGGAAAAUGGACCAUCUCUGUGGAAGUGGAAGGAGAAAGCAACAAACAAACUUUUAUUGUCAAGGAAUAUGUACUACCCAAGUUUGAGGUGACAGUCACACCACCAAAAUACCUGUUACCAGAUACUCCUUUGAUUGAGGGAACAGUAUGCGCAAAGUACACCUAUGGGAAGCCUGUGCGAGGCAUAAUGGGACUGGAGAUUUGCUAUAUAAAUGAAUACUACUACUAUGGUCGUGGAGUUGAUCCUGAUGAACGCCCAUGUUACAAAAGUCUUGUUGAGAUCGAUGGUUGUUACACAUUUUCUGUGAACUCCUCAGACCUGGCAAUGUCAUCAAAUCGAUAUAGCUUAUGGGGUAGCCUUAUUGUCAAAGCCAACAUCACAGAGACAGGAACAGGUGUCACCUUAUAUGGCGAGUCCAGGGAACCAGAAAUGACACAGACCCCAUACACUUUAAAAAUGACUGAUGAGACCAAAGGAUAUUUUAAACCUUUGUUUCCUUACAGAGUAAAGCUGACAGCCAAAAAGCCUGAUGGUUCUCCAGCAUCUGGGGAAUUGAUUGAAGUGUCUGCAAGGAAUUGGGAGUGGGAUUUUUUCCAGCAGAAGAAUUUUACAACAGAUGAAAAUGGUGUCAUAAAGUUUGCUGUUACUGAUAUUCCUGAGAAUGUAACCAGUAUCAACAUUCAGGCUAAUAGUCCUCGGUACCGAAGGAGCUAUGACUACUACGCGAUGAUGGAUUACCAUCGUCUGUAUGAGCCGCAGGGAUACUUAUCUGCACGACGGUGGUAUUCUCCAUCUGAGAGCUACAUGCACAUUGAGAGAGUCAGUUCUACACCCAGCUGUGGUCAGAUGCUAGACGUGAGAGUCCUGUACACUGCAGAUUUCAAUACAACCUACAAGUUCUACUAUAUGGUGAUGUCCCCGCGCCAUGUUGUUUAUCACAGUCAUCGACAUCACCAUUUCUUGAGACAUGAUGCCGUCGAAACAAAUCCUGUAUUAGAUUCAAUGAAGCUUGACGACAUCACUCCUCCUACCAGGCGUCCUUAUCUAAGAUACCCUCGUAUAAUCAAAGUGAGGGUUCCUGUUGAAAACUCGACCAGUGAAUCAGAACCUACUGCUGCCCCCGAGUUAGAAGUGGUACAACCUGAACUGCCAGAACCAGAAGUUGAGGAGGAGGAAGAAGAAGAGGAGGAGGAGGAGGAGGAAGAGGAGGAGGAAACAGAACCACACAGACAUGUUGCAUCCUUCACCUUGCAUAUUCCCAUUGUUGCGGCUAUGGCACCUAAUGCCAAGCUUCUAGUGUACUACAUACGAGACGACAUGGAGACAGUCGCAGAUAGCAUCACAUUUAAUGUUGAGAAGUGCUUCAACAACAAGGUGAAUAUGACGUUUGAACCCAAGACUGCCUAUCCGGGCAGUGAGGCAAGGAUCCGUAUCAAGGCUGAGGCAGGUUCCUUCUGUUCCAUAGGAGCAGUGGACAAGAGUAUCAACCUAUUGGGAGGCAACCACCAACUUACUCCAGAAAAGAUUUACAACAUGAUAGAUAACCCAUACUUCCACUAUGGAUACUGGAAUGAUGACCAGGCAUACUGUGAAAAACAUUUUCCAGCACCAGAAGAAGAAAAUGAUGAAGAAGCAUUAAGAAGCUAUUAUUAUGGAUAUUAUACCUACGACACCAACACAGUAGAUGCUAUACAGGCUUUCAGGCUGUAGGAAUGUCUGGGCCAGGUGGACUUAUACCAUUAACAGUAGAUGAAGAAAUAGCAUUCGAUUCUGAACCUACACAGGUUAAUUCUAAAAGGAAAAAGACAAAGACAAAGACACGGAGCUUUUUCCCGGAGACAUUUCUUUGGGAUUUGGAGUUGAUAGGAGAUGAAGGUGAACUGGUGAUCACCAAGGAAUUACCACACACCAUCACUGAGUGGGUAGGCAAUGCCAUUUGUGCCAACACGGAGGUUGGUAUUGGCACGUCGCCCCUGGCAACCAUCACUGCCUUCCAGCCUUUCUUCCUCUCCUUCACAUUGCCCUACUCUGCAGUAAGAGGGGAGACUGUGCCAGUUACUGUCACCAUCUUCAACUACCUAUCAGAAUGUCUUGUUAUGCUUUUGAGACUCGAGCCUUCCGAUGGUUUUGAGCUGGUGUCGGCUGAUCGAGUGGUCCAGAGGUGUGUUUGUGGUGGAGAGUCGGAAAGCAUCAAGUACUACAUCAAACCCACACAGCUCGGAAAGAUUGGCAUCCUAGCAGCAGCCGAGUCCAUCCAAGACGAUGGUACAUGUGGUAACAAUGCAGUCAGUGAUGAAACAACAGGAGUGUCAGAUGCCGUCAAGAGGAUGCUUCUGAUUGAGGCUGAGGGCGUGGAGAAGGAAUAUACAUUCAGUUCUUACAUGUGUUCUGAAGGUGAAUCUCAGGUGACAACAAUAGACCUCAUCCUUCCCCCAGACGGUCUAGUGGAAGAUUCAGCGAGGGGCAAAGUCAGUGUCAUAGGUGACAUCAUGGGUCCAGCACUUUCUAACCUCCAAGGACUGCUGAGGAUGCCGUAUGGGUGUGGAGAACAGAACAUGGCUUCAUGGUCUCCGAACAUUGUUGUCCUACAGUAUCUAACCAACACAAACCAACUCACUAGCAAGAUUGAGACAGAAGCUCUUAACUACAUGAGGAUAGGAUACCAGCGACAGUUGAAGUAUCGCCAUGACGAUGGGUCUUACAGUGCCUUUGGUAACUCUAAUGCUGAAGGAAGUAUGUGGUUAACUGCAUUUGUGGUCAAGUGCUUCGGUCAGUCUUUACCCUUCAUUGACAUUGACAGUGAGGACCUUGUCAAGAGUCUCAACUGGUUCAGACAUAGACAGCUGGAGAAUGGCUGUUUCCCUAAAAUUGGUUACACACAUAGCUACUACCUGAAGGGCGGAAUAAGUGAUAACAGCAAUGAAGCUGCCAUGACUGCCUUUGUACUUAUAGCAAUGUUGGAAGCAGGUGUCAAUAAGAUGGAAAGUGCCAUUGUGAAUGCUGUAAGGUGUCUGGACGUCCAGGACAACAACGACACUUACACACUGUCCCUGAUGGCCUAUGCGUACACACUGUAUGACAUCAACUGGCCUCAAAGGUCAGCAGUGAUGGCAGAGCUUGAGGAAAGGGCCAUGUACAGAGAGGAUGGUAUACAGAAGUACUGGACACGUAACAAUGAGGAGGAGGCAACUCCAGAGCCCUACUCCUGGCGUUGGUACCGAGCACCGUCAGCUGAGAUCGAGAUCACCUCCUAUAUCCUCCUGGCUACUAUUAUAGGGGAACAGGGAAAUGCUGUCGUCAAUGCACAACCCAUUGUAAUGUGGCUUACAAAACAGAGAAAUGAGCUUGGAGGGUUUUCUUCUACCCAGGAUACAGUUAUAGGUCUCCAGGCCCUGUCUGUGUAUGCGACUCUGGUGUACCGUGGAGGAAUGCAUCUAAGUGUGACCUUCAGAGGGAUUCGUAAUGAAGAGAGUACAUUCAGUAUCACUGGGGACAACAACCUUGUCCUCCAAUCAUCUCCCUUAGAUGUUGUUCCUGACACCCUCGAAGCAGAGGUCUAUGGCGUUGGCUGUGCUCUUGUACAGGCCCAUAUGAAAUACAACAUUGAUGAGCCCCCAACAGGCCCCGCCUUUAACAUACGGAUAAACGCAUUCCGCUCUAAGACUAUGAGAAAUGACUGCAAGAGGAGAACUCUCAACAUAUGUGCAUCAUUCAGUGGACCAGGAGGAGUAAGCAACAUGGCGUUGGUGGAUGUUAAGAUGGUCACAGGAUGGGUACCGAUCACUUCCACAUUAGAUGAGCUUGUGAAGGAUGAGUCUUUGGGCAUUCAGAAAUUUGAAGAAGAUGGCAACAUGGUGCACAUAUACUUCGACAAGUUUGACUCUGCCGGCCAGUGUUUCUACUUUGACGUGGAACAGGAUAUAGAGGUUUCCGAGCCUAAAAAGGCAUUCAUCAAGGUGUUUGACUAUUAUGAAACAGACUUACAGGUAGUUAUGCAGUACAACUUGAAGACCACUUGUGGAACUAAACAAGAACUGCCUGAAAUCUCUGUGGAUCAGUAUCUUCGUGGUGUGUUCUUCUCAUCUGUGGAUGAUGUGGUACAGGUCAGGAUUCCUGUAGGUCUAGAAGGAGGAAGAUCACCGCAACCUGCAGAGCCCGUCAUAACAUGUCCCAUGUGUAUAGAUGAUGCUAUUGCAAGGAAGAGGGCUGAAUUCAAGGAACUGGUCUGUGCAUCAGAAAAAGUAUACAAGGUGGUAGCCGGUCGAUCAGGAAUGUACCCAAUGAAGAUUUAUGCAGACCUACGAACAAAGAGGAAGACAAAAGUAAACAGUUUUACCAACUAUACACUUGGAGGGGACUGUAUGUGUGACUCCAUUACAAGUACAGAGCGUAAAGUGCUGAUAUUUGCACCUGAUGUGGCAUUGGACACAGAAAACAAACAAAUACAGUUGGACGACCAGGUGACUGUCAUGGUCUGGUCGAGACAGGUGGAGAAGUCUCUACGACGACUGGUAACCCGGCGAAGAAGGGGCUGUAAUUAGGCCAGACAUUGAAUGAAGGACAUGUAUCUGUUCUAGAAGUCAGUCAAAAUAGACAUUGUAUAUACUCUGUUGAAUUCCAUUCCAGCUGCCAAACAAGAUAGUGUCUGUAUUACGUUUGUGGUGUUGAAACUAUAUACAUGUACAUAUAUUAAUAAAGUGUCAAGGAUAAAGACUCAUAAACUUACAAUUAAAUUGGAAAUGUUAAAUCUUUUAGCUAGAUUGAAUCUAUCCAUUUAAACCUAGAAAUUUGCCUUUGUGAAGCAGAGUUUUGAGAUUCCACAGAGUCUAUCUGUCCAGUAUUAUGGGCAAAUCUAGGUCUCAAGGGAAGAUAGUGUCCACUCACUCAGCCAGUCUAUCGGAACGGGUCGGUGUGCUCAUUAUCACAUUGAAUAUAUAUCAUUUUCAAAUAUGCAGAACUCUUUCAUUUUGAUAGGUAAUAUACAUCAUGUAAUUUUAAUUGAACUAGCAUGGUGUUUCCUUGUAAUUCAUACUUUAAAAUGGCAUGACAUUUUGUGUAGAAAAUCAAGAAUUUUGGUACUACAUUGUAAUUUUGGAUUAGAAUUUAUUGUUAAUUACCUGGCAUGGAUAGGCAAUGUUUAUCGUUAACAACUGGAUAGGCGAUGUUUAUGUUAACUACUGGAUAGGCGAUGUUUAUCGUUAACUACUGGAUAGGCGAUGUUUAUGUUAACAACUGGAUAGGCGAUGUUUAUGUUAACUACUGGAUAGGCGAUGUUUAUCGUUAACUACUGGAUAGGCGAUGUUUAUCGUUAACUACUGGAUAGGCGAUGUUUAUCAUUAAUUACCUGAUAGGCGAUUUUUAUUUAACUGCUUUUUUCUAACUUGAAUUUUUUGACAGAUUUUGGAAGGAAAAUUUCUAAACCUUUUCUGAUGCUUUUUAUCAAUGCAUUUUUAUGUCCUCUUUUUAAUUGUUUUGUAAUUGGAUCUAGAUUACUCUGUACCCUCGGAUAUAUAUUGUACAUUAUAAACUAACAUUACUUCUACAUUUCUAGUCAGUUUUAAGAACCUUCUCUUUUCUAAUAAUUUUUAAGGAAUUAAUAUUUUCAUCAGUUUUAAUAUUUUUUUUGUGAACUUUUUUUUAUACAUUUUAGAAAUCCAGUUUUAUUGAUUGUACUCGACACUGUCUCCUAUGCAAUGCAAUGUUUGUCAGUAUUAAAGCACUAUAAUUGCAGUUUUAUACCUUUAUAUUUUUCUACCUCGCAUCUUUAUAACACUGUAAUUUUGGCUGCAAUAUCUUGUUUUCAUCAACUGUAUUAAUGAGUGUUGAAAGUCUGGUAUUAAAAAUUCUAUUUUAAUACUUUUAUAUCGCACACAAAUAUAUACAUGUGUGCAUAUUGUGUAAAUAUAUAUAUGUAUGUAUCUUUUCUAUGCAUUAAUAAAGAAAAUUCUAUAUUUUAAA